UCACGUGUGGUGACAACGGAGAUAUUCCCCGAAGUAGAGUUUAAAGGGAUGUUUUCAUUGUACGGUCUUCAUUUGUAUAAUCUAAAUGCUUUCAGGGUUUAAGGUAUUCUAGGCUCCUCUCUCUCUAGUUUGAUAUUUCAUUAGUUCAGAUUCUCUCUCUCUAUCUCAAAGGUAUUGCAUAAACUCAGGGUGGAUUAAUAACCCAUAAUGCCUGUCUUCACCUCUGCAAGUUGUUCUCGCCGCAUCUUCUCCAUGGCAACAUCUGCUCUUUUCAAUAGAAUUUCUUUACCGUUUUCCGGGUGCAAUACCAGAUGCAUGAUGAGCAAUUUGCCUGAGAAUACCUUAUAUGGAGGGCCUUCGCCUCAAAUUUCAUCGCAGAGAGUAACCCUAAAGAAUUUGGGGCUGAAGCAUAAGAAGGGGGAGCCUAUCACCAUGGUCACUGCUUAUGAUUACCCAUCAGCUGUUCACCUCGAUCAAGCGGGAAUUGAUAUUUGUCUGGUUGGUGAUUCUGCAGCGAUGGUUGUUCAUGGGCAUGAUACGACCUUGCCAAUUAGCUUGGAGGAGAUGCUUGUACACUGUCGUGCUGUGGCUCGAGGGGCCAAGCGUCCUCUCCUUGUCGGUGAUCUUCCUUUUGGAAGCUAUGAGGCAAGCUCUGUUCAGGCAGUUGAAACUGCAGUUAGGAUAUUGAAGGAAGGUGGGAUGGAUGCCAUUAAAUUAGAAGGUGGAGCUCCAUUCAAGGUUGCUGCUGCAAAAUCAAUAGUAGAGGCUGGAAUUGCUGUCAUGGGUCAUGUAGGACUUACCCCUCAAGCAAUCAGUGUUCUUGGUGGUUUCAGGCCUCAGGGCAGAGAUGCUGAAAGUGCAAUGAAGAUUGUGGAGACUGCACUUGCUCUACAGGAAGCAGGAUGUUUUGCAGUUGUGUUGGAAUGUGUGCCCUCGCCUGUUGCAGCUGCUACGACUUCUGCCCUUCGAAUCCCCACCAUAGGCAUUGGAGCUGGGCCUUUCUGUAGUGGCCAGGUCUUGGUUUACCAUGAUUUGCUUGGCAUGCUCCAACACCCUCACCAUGCUAUGGUGACUCCCAAGUUUUGUAAACAAUAUGGACGCGUGGGUGCUGAGAUAAGUAGAGCUCUAUCAGAGUUUAGAGAAGAAGUAGUCAAUCAUUCGUUUCCAGGUCCUGUUCACACACCGUACAGGAUUAGCAGUGAUGCUUUAGAUGGGUUUUUGAAUGAGCUUGAGAGGAGAGGGUUGAGUAAAGCGGCUUCAUCAGCAGCAACAGUAGCUGAGAAGAAUGAGAAAGUGAUGAGAGAUGAAAAAGAGAAUGGUGGUGUCCCCAUUACCAUGACUUAGGUCUGUGUGUGUGUGUGUGGCAUAGUUAUUAUGGGGUCUCUCUCCCUAUCUAUUUAUCUAUGGCAAUGAAAGUGGCCUUUGAGUCGCUUGCUCCUUUAGGACAGAUUUGUGCCUUCCUAUGGCAUGGCAGUAAAAGUGGCCCUUUCAAGAAAGAUCUUAAGGCUAUUUCAGCCUUGUAAUAAAGGGCAGUGCUAAUUUUGUAGAGAAAAAUAUUCAAAACCGGCAUCCAUGUGGGUUUGGUGACUUGUAAAAAAUCCGUCGCCAUCAAUAAAAGAUCCAUCUUCUCAGUAUUCUAAAAUUAAA